CUCAUCUCCGGGCCAGCCGCGGGGCCCUCAGCGCCCCGGUCGGCCCCGCCCCGCUCUGCUCCGCUCCCGGGGGGCGGCGGCUGUUUUGGGGGCGCAGCCUGAUGCUCUUCGGGGGCGCCCCCCAGCGCCGGGCCUUCGCCUCCUGCUAGCUCUCCCCCUGCCCCUUCCCGCACCCCCGAGCCCGGGACCCCCCUCUCCCCUCCCCGGAGGGGAGAAUGGCUAUGGUGACCGGCGGCUGGGGCGGCCCCAACGGGGACACGAACGGAGUGGAGAAGGGCGGCUAUCCCCGCACAUCGGAAGAGGACUCGGCCUCGCCCCAGGGCGGCGGCAGCGACCCGGAGCCCGGCGACGAAGACAAGCCCGGGCUCCAGGUGGACUGCGUGGUCUGCGGGGACAAGUCCAGCGGCAAGCAUUACGGUGUCUUCACCUGCGAGGGCUGUAAGAGUUUCUUCAAGCGGAGCAUUCGCCGGAACCUCAGCUACACCUGCAGGUCCAACCGAGACUGCCAGAUUGACCAACACCAUCGGAACCAGUGUCAGUACUGUCGUUUAAAAAAGUGCUUCCGGGUUGGCAUGAGAAAGGAAGCGGUACAGCGAGGCCGGAUCCCGCACCCACACUCGGGGGGCAGCCCCACUGCCCUGGCCGGAGGUGGGGGCGGGGAGUACUUUAAUGGGCAGCCGGUGUCCGAGCUGAUCUCGCAGCUCCUCCGGGCGGAGCCGUACCCAGCAGCCCGCUAUGGCUCCCAGUAUGCCCAGCAGCAGGGCAGCGUCAUGGGCAUUGACAACAUCUGCGAGCUGGCCGCCCGCCUCCUCUUCAGCACUGUGGAGUGGGCCCGGAACAUCCCCUUCUUCCCGGAGCUUCCCGUGGCCGACCAGGUGGCCCUGCUCAGGCUCAGCUGGAGCGAGCUCUUUGUCCUCAACGCCGCCCAGUCUGCCCUGCCCCUCCACAUGGCCCCCCUGUUGGCCGCGGCCGGCUUCCACGCGGCGCCCAUGGCCGCCGACCGCGUGGUCUCCUUCAUGGACCAGAUCCGGGUCUUUCAGGAGCAGGUGGACAAGCUCAACCGGCUUCAAGUAGACUCUGCGGAGUACAGUUGUCUCAAGGCCAUCGCCCUCUUCACGCCAGAUGCCUGCGGCCUCUCGGACCCGGCUCACGUGGAAAGUCUGCAGGAGAAGGCACAAGUGGCCCUGACGGAGUACGUGCGUGCCCAGUACCCCUCGCAGCCUCAGCGCUUUGGCCGCCUGCUCCUGCGGCUGCCUGCCCUGAGGGCUGUGCCGGCCGCCCUCAUCUCGCAGCUCUUCUUCAUGCGCCUCGUGGGCAAAACACCUAUCGAGACCCUCAUCCGGGACAUGCUGCUCUCUGGCAGCACCUUCAACUGGCCGUAUGCCGCCGGGCAGUAGGGGCCUGAGCCCGUCCCUCUGCUGCCCCGCCUGACCCCGGCCCAGGCCAUACCUCAGGCUCCUCGUCCACGGGAUGGGGACGGUGGCCUCUGCCAUUCGCAUGUUGGGACCAGUGCAGAAGGCCGGGUGCCCUCUUCAACCCCGGGGACUGGAUGGACACUUAAGACUGGUUAUUUUUUAGAAGGCAAACGAGAUCACUUUGUCUUUUUGUUUUUUUAAAUGACCACAUAAAACCAAAAAGACCCUCCCUCCUCCCCUUGGCCUGGGACCUGGUGCCACAGAUGCCCCUCCUUCACCUUUCAGUGCCCUCCGUCCAUCUGUGCCCAGGAACCAGCCAGCCUUUGAAGCCUCCUAGAGGGGAGGGAAGCCUGCAAGGUGUGGGGAUGCCCCGGCCCACCUCCUAACCCUUCCUGGCCUCCCCAGAUGCAUGUCCUGGGCCCUAUCCCAGAGCAACCCGGGGUGGAGAGAAUGCAGCUGGCACAGGGAGGUCGGGUUCUCCUGGGAUGCCUAUGAGAUGGCAGACCCUGGGGGCUGAGGCGAGGCGGGCGGCCGAGGGCAGGGGUGCCUUGCCCCCUGCUUCCUUCUGCUUGCUAGGUGGAGGCAGCGAGGAGAGAGAGGGGGGCAGGGGGGCCCCGGCCUGGGGCAGGGGUAUGUAUAAUUUAGAUUGAUUCUCUAAAAAUAUAAUCCACUCUGGACACUACAAAUGAAUGACCGAAAGCCAAUAAAGAUGUUUCUUACCACA